AGAUUGAAGGGGACUCCUUUAUUCUUCACAGAGGUGACGUAGCUAUGGUUUCCAUUCUGAGUUUUCCAUUUGGGUUUACAGUAAACAAAUUCUCUCUACCAUCUUAUUUUAGAAGAACACACACAGUGGGCUGUGCCUCUGAAAAUGUCUAAACACUGCUCUGUUUUGUGUUUCAGGCACCAUGAUACCCUGCAACUAGUGAUCUCAAUAUGGAGUUGUACUGGUACAUGUAAGUAGCUAGCUAGCUACAUUUCUAUUCUACUUCUUUUGCAUUCACUUCGAUUCACAUGAUUCAGUAGGAUUUCAUGGAUAGAAUUACAAUGUGAACAACAUUCAAUUCAAAACAUGCUGCUACUUUUCUCUCCUUUCUGUGUUCCUUCAAGAGUGGUCAUCGUGUUCAUCAUCAUCAAGAUCUUCUUCUACGUGUGCUGGUACCGCUCGCGUCAGAGACAGCUGGCCGCGUACCUCAGCAACCCUCGUAAUGCCCAGAUAGUCAUCGUGGGAGGGAGGGCCUAUCUGCAUCAGACGUGUGAGAGACCGAAUGUAAGUAGUUGUGGUUCUUCUACAUCUAUUGUUAUUGGUGCAUUAAACCAAGGCCAUGGAUGGAUACAAAAUACAAGGCUGAUUAUAUAUAAGUAAUUGUAUACCAAUUGGCAACCAAUUUGACUAGGUUUGGGGGGAGGUGGCCUCCUGUCUGCGACAUGGUUCUCAGGCACACAUUCUGUGAAAAUUAAUUGGGAAGCAGACCUACUAAUUAGGGUUAUUGAGAGACUAGAGUCACAUUGUUUUGUUCCAGUUCAGCACAGGGAAGCACAUAAUAUUGAAUCUGAGUAAAGAGGAAGAGGUCAGGAGGGUUGCUAAAGGUUGCCCUUUCAGAGGUUUGUGUGUGGGGGGGUGGGAAGUUUGUGUUCCUGGAAGUGCUUGUGGUUUUAGAUGAGUUACUUCCACUCAGAUUGACUGACUGAGAAUGGGAGGCUUUCUCACUGUGCCGAUUACUCAGCAUCCCACGCUUUGUUUAGUAGGCGUUUGUGUGUACAGUGCUUUCGGAAAGUAAUCAGACCCCUUCCCUUUUUCCACAUUGUGUUACGUUACAGCCUUAUUCUAAGAUGGAUAAAAUAAUUUUUUUCGCUCAUCAAUCUACACACAAUACCCCAUAAUGACAAAGUGAAACAGGUUUUUAGAAUUGUUUUCAAAUGUAUUAAAAAUAAAAAAACAGAUACCUUAUUUACAUAAGUAUUCAGACCCUUUGCUAUGAGACAGAUCUGGGGAAGCGUACCAAAAAAUGUCUGCAGCAUUGAAGGUCCCUAAGAAAACAGUGGCCUCCAUCAUUCUGAAAUGGAAGAAGUUUGGAACCACCAAGACUCUUCCUAGAGCUGGCCGCCCGGCCAAACUGAGCAAUCGGGGGAGAAGGGCCUUAGGCAGGGAGGUGACCAAGUACCCGAUGAUCACUCUGAUAGAGCUCCAGAGUUCCUCUGUGGAGAUGGGAAAACCUUCCAGAAGGACAACCAUCUCUGCCGCACUCCACCAAUCAGGCCUUUAUGGUAGAGUGUGGGGAUGUUUGUCAGCGGCAGGGACUGGGAGACUAGUCAGGAUCGACGGAAAGAUAAACGGAGCAAAGUACAGAGAUCCUUGAUGAAAACCUGCUCCAGAGUGCUCAGGGCCUCAGACUGGGGCGAAGGUUCACCUUCCAACAGGACAUCAACCCUAAGCACACAGCCAAUACAACGCAGGAGUGGCUUCGGGACAAGUCUCUGAAUGUCCUUGAGUGGCCCAGCCAGAGCCUGGACUUGAACCCGAUCAAACAUCUCUGGAGAGACCUGAAAAUAGCUGUGCAGCGAUGCUCCCCAUCCAACCUGACAGAGCUUGAGAGGAUCUGCAGAGAAGAAUGGGAAAAACUCCUCAAAUACAGGUGUGCCAAGCUUGUAGCGUCAUACCCAAGAAGACGCAAGGUUGUAAUCGCUGCCAAAGGUGCUUCAACAAAGUACUGAGUAAAGGUCUGAAUACUUAUAUAAAUAUGAUAUUUCAUUUAUUUUUGUAUACAUUUGCAAACAUUUCUAAAAACCUGUUUUUGCUUUGUCAUUAUGGGAUAUUGUGUGUAGAUUGACACACACAAAAAAAAACAUUUUUAUCCAUUUUAGAAUAAGGCUGUAACGUAACAAUGUGGAAAAAGUCAAGGUGUCUGAGUACUUUCCCGAAUGCACUGUAUGUGUGUAUCAGUAGUUUGUGUGCAUGUACGGGUGUGUGUGUGUUUGUGAGAUGGUGACCUUGAUGAAACGUCAGGGCUCUGGAAGGUCUCAGGGCUUUGUGAAGCAGCGUAAGGGAUAGGUUUUUCUACCGGUGACUGUCCAGCACUUGCCAAAUCUAACCCAUGCCUGUGAAAGUCUCUGAGCCAUUAGGAACAGCUAAGAUGGACAGGGCAAGAGAAGUGCUCCAGUGAAGAGAGAAGACUAAGGCCAGAUAGAAUAGCUUAGUUUUCCUCGAGGCCCCAGAAGUCAGCCUAUUUGAAAUCCAAAUAUGAGUGAAAUUAAACCAAAUAGGCCUGCUUAUGUGCUAACAAUCUGAAUACAGUGGUAAGAAAACAUUCCAAUCUUUCCCACGAUUCCAUGGAACCUUCGAGAAGAGGACAGACUACCACAUCUUGUUUCCUGGAGUUUUCAAAGUGACAUUCAUGCAACUUCUGCAUUCCUUUGUUGUACUGGCCAAGGACUCCUCCCUAAACACCAAGUGUUACCAUCUGUUGUAGAUGGUCUUAGUUUUAUUGUCCUUUGUGGACUAAUAUCUCCAGAACCACUGACCUGUGACUUUGAUGUUUUCAUAGAUAAGUCUGGGAGAAGACUUCAAAACCAAGGUGGCAUUAUAAAAACUGACAUCAACCCUCCUUCCAGUACGUUCUGCCUUUGUGUUCUGCGGAGUUUCUUCGAACACGUUUUAACAGCUUCUUUGUAGAACACCUGGAAGCAAUCUCCAUGAAUGAAAACCUGGCUCAAACAAUCUAUGAGUGAACAAAUUCAACAUCUCUCUCUCCAACUCGACUCUGCUGUCCCUUUUUAAUAGCAUUCAGAAUGGUUCCAUACUAUCCUGGCCUAGGUCUAUAUCUUUCUGAUUGACUGGAUAGAAAGAGCACUGUUUUACAUGCAAAAAGGACUGUAAAUACUAUGUUACUCAAACGAGUUUCUCAAAGUUUAUAUCAGGGCCCCAAGUCGUUAGGCUACUCCGAGCAGGUAGUCUCCUUUUUUUAUUGUUACAUAAACUGGAUGGGUGCAGUGAAAUGUCAAAAUGCACACAAAAACAAUUGUGCUUUAUUACCGUCCCUGGCUUGCCUUUACUGAAUUACUAUAGGUGCCCCUUGUCUUCCAGGUGAGGUUUUUAGGCUAUUUAUAGUGUUGUUAGUAACUUUCUCAUAACGGAAAUGCCCCAAUUCUAAGAAUGAGGUCUGUAGUCGUUAACGGUAGAUUCCAGCCUCUAGCUAGCUCUUUUUUAGGAAGUUGCCCCCAGUAAAGACCUUACUGUAUCUGCUUCAGUAUCUCUGCCUUUGAUCUGAUCUGAUCUGAACAUUUGAUUUGAACUGAAGCCUGUUCUGUUUUUGAUUAUGUUAGUGUAUUUGGACCUGAAAUGAAACGGCUCUACUAGGAAACCAAGUUCAAGUAACUGGAGAUCUUUGUACAGGAGGAGAAAACCUUACAGUUUUGUUAGGCUGGAAUUAGAAUUAGGGAUGCACAUUUCGGUCAAUUUUACCGCCGACUAACCAACUCUCUCAUUAACUGGUCAACAAACGGUAAAACAAUUCCAAACCGUAACAUGACGUGACCUACAGAAAAUACUAUGCAUGCAUACAGACAUUUGUAAUUAGAAUGGAAACAUGCAACAGUAGCAAGCCUGUCGCCUUACAGUCAAAAGGCUAUAGCCUAUUAUUGAACAUGCAACUCCUGUAAUGACCAGCUAAUAAAACUUUGUUUUCAAACAAAUGCAAUUUGCGGGAAAACACUGUUCUAAAAAAUGCACCUAAUACGAGCGGUUCAAUUUGUGACAGAGAUAAACCUCUGUUAGAAACUUAGAGGGAGAAUCUAAUAGCAAAAACUAGGAUGGGAUGCUAAUAUGACUAGGAUUGUGCCUUUGGCUUCUGGGCAACGAAAGAAAGUUGAUAUGAAAACAAAUAGAACAGGAGAGAAAUGCUAGUUAAUGGCAUGAGGACAUCUUUAUAAAAUAAUUAAGCGCUGAUAGCCUGCCUACCAUUGACUAUAGCCUAUGCACUUGAAUGGCGAUUGGGAGUUGAUUGAGAAAUAAAAAGAGUAGCUAUUUUUAAUCGUGGCCAUCAAAACGGUUUUUAACACUUGAUUUGCCUUUAUCAUUAUUUGUUGCGCAAUGACUUGGCACGUUUCACUCCAGUACCAGUUUUUGAGAACAGUUGAUAGGCUAUUCUGCUCCUCAAACUAGGCUCCGUAUGCUGUGAGCAUGUGAUAAAUAAGAUGCAUGACGACUAACGAAAAUACACGCGCCAAUGACCCUAUAGACUAAUAAGCAUGAUAUCAUUUUCGCAGAUUUAACGGUUAACCGUUAACAUACCGAAUUAGAAUGUCAGUCAGAAUGUAGCUGAAUGUAACAGAACCCAGGUAAAGCUGAGUGUUCAAACCCUGUGAUUCCACCUGGUCCUUCUCGGCCACACCCCCCACACCUCGUGGUCCUCUGUAGCUCAGCUGGUAGAGCACGGCGCUUGAAACGCCAAGGUAGUGGGUUCGAUCCCCGGGACCACCCAUACACAAAAAAAUGUAUGCACGCAUGACUGUAAGUCGCUUUGGAUAAAAGCGUCUGCUAAAUGGCAUAUUAUUAUUUAUUAUUUAUAUUAUUACCCCAGUGAGCCAUCUUUAAUGGUCUUUUGCACUCCAUUUCAAGCCUUUACUGCCUCACUGCUUUAGUACAACCCCUCUCUGGCUCACCUCAACCUACUUCUCUUUUUCCUUUUCCUCCCCAUCUCCUCUUUCAGUCUUCUAGUCUAAAGCAUGAUGCUCCCUGUUUAGAUUGUAAUGGAAUGUUCAGCGAUGAGGCCCCAGAACCAUCCAUAACUCAAGCAGGCAGGCAGCAGCCUCCCUGAAAGGGCUCUGGAGACAGGCCAGGGGGAGACCAGAGACAGGGUGCAUCCCAAAUAGCACCCUAUUCCCUAUAAAGUGCAUUACUUUUGACCACAGCCCAUAUGGCUCUGGUCAAAAGUAGUGCACUAUAUAGGGAAUAGUGAGCCAUUUGGGAUGCAGCCUGGGAGGGAGGGAGAGAGAGAGACGGGCAGAUGCAGGGUGAAGAUUCUGUCUUUUGGCCACUAGUGAGCUUUAGCUUCUGUUUAGCUUGUGUUUAUCAUCACACUCCAGUUGAAAAUGAAAGUGUGCGUAUGUGUGGUACUAAUUCCUUCUCUCACUUUCUCGCUCUCUCUGUCCCCCAGACAUCUAUCUGGCCCAGUUGGUAUGGGGUUCAGGAUGAGGAGUCAGUGGGCGAGCCUUCCACCUCUCUCCCCCCGGCAGCAUCCUUCUCUCACAUGGACAUGCCUCCACCAUAUGAAGCCGUCUCCGGAGGUAACACACACAGGAUAUGGUUAGGUGACAAGACAAAACUGCAGGAAAUGUAUCAUAGAAACGCCACCGAAGAAGGGGCUAAAGUUACACCUAAAGAGUUGAUGGCCUUUAUCUCUCAUAAAUACUACACCCUACUCAGGAUUUAAUAAGGCUACCUUGAGCCUGUCUUCACCACUACAUUUAGCUCACUGAGCUAACUCUCCUUCAGAGGGGUUGUUCAUUCAGCCAUCCUGGUGCUGAGGUCUUGAGCCUUUAGGCAGCAGCCUUACAGACCACGGGGACAAACAGGGUCUUAUUCAUUAGUGCAUACCGUAGCAAAAUGUUUUAGAACAGAAAAUGUUUUGCAACAAAAACACGUUUCCUAUUGGACAAGUUCAAGUAGUCCCUCCCCGUUUCUUUUUGUUUGCUUCGGUUUGGUUCCUAGUGAACACAACCCAGGAGAGAAAAAGCCCACAUCUCCCAGUAUAUAAUAGCACUGCUUGGCUGGCCGUCUGGUACCACUGCCAACAGGCUUGUUUUAACCCCGUCACAAACACACUGCUGCUAAAGAUACACCAUCUUACCCUGUUGAAAGGAGUGAUUACGCACAUCCAGCCAUAACACAGGAGCUGGACACAAAAAAUGACUCAUUGUUUGCUCUUCCCAGAAGUGCUCUUUAGUGAUACAAUAACGACAUUAUUUCUAACGGCAUGGUCUUCGUCACAUUCAAAAGGGGAGUGUUAUUUCCCUCCUGUCCCAGUCACUACAGUAGCAGACACGACGUAUAGGAACCGAGCUCUGGUGAAUGAGGACUUCCCUGCUUGACUGCACUGUGACUUAGAUCUUUAGUGCUUAGAUCACUCACCCUCAGUGAUUGUGUGUGUGCCGUAUCAAAGACACCCUCAGCCCUCAGAUCUUUCCAUGAUCACAGAGCCUCCUCCACUCACACAUGUAAUUGAUGUCAGGGUUAAACCCACACACUGGUCCUGGAACUGUCCCUCUCCGUUGCAUAAAUGCCCUGUCAAAAGUACCUUCUUAUUCCCCCUCCUCCUGCGUAGCUAGCGUGUUCCCCUGUCACUGGGUUGUAGGCCGGCGUUCCAGCGCUCAGGAGUGAAGUCUCCCCUACGUACAGAUCUAGAAGCACCUUCCCCUCCCCCAAUUCUAAUGUUAACCGUAAGCGGAAAAUGCUAAACUGACCCAAGAUCCGCUUCUAGGAGUAACUUUACCCUACACUGAUUCUAGCCAGCUCACUGAACAGUAACAGGAUGUGGUAGGAGAGGAUAUGAGUCUGUUGAGUAAUUACUUCCUCCUAUGAUCUCUCAUACUAUAUUAUUUAGGACAAUACCAAAUAGAGGUAUGUAGAAGUACCGUAAAACUUAUAUUAAUAACCCAGGCAUUUAUUUGUUCCUACUGCCGAGUUGGCCUGGUGCGUAUGGGAGGCUGGCGUUUAAUACCACUCGAGGUGUGGAAGAUCCUCUACAAGUUCCUCUACAGCUCUGUCACCGGUAGCCCUGUUAAAUAUUUAAAACAGUGGUUGCAUUUAGAACGCACUGCAAAUGUCACAAAAGGGGAGAACUUAUUUUAAAAAAUUCUUGCUGCUUACAAACAGACUUGUGAUUUGACAUACAGGGAUCAAUCAAUUGACACCAGGUGGCGAUGCUGUGACAUUCUACUGGAGCAGACGAGCCAAAUGUGUGCAUGUGUAAUUUCACUUUUUUGACCCGGGGCUUAUAAGCGACCAGUGUUAAUUUCAAACGAUGCCCAGCCAAUAAUAAGAGGCCGGUGAUUGUUGGAGACUGAGUUUUAAGGAUGUUUGCCGACCAUCGCAACAUUCUUUACAGUUGCUAUUUUCUUUAGACUGCACACAAAGAUGUUCACUUCAGUUUCUGUAUUUCUGCUUACUGACCUCUAACUUCUGACCCCACAGCUGAUGACCUAAAACCUCCUCCAUACAGCGAGGUUGCCCAGAGUGACGCAAUGGACAUUUCUCGCCCCUCCUGCCACGCCCUUCUCCCCCUCCUCCCUCCUCCUCUCUCUGAGGGUGGAGACUCUGCCAGCAUCAUCAGCGAAGCCCCGCCACCAUACACCCCAACCCCCAGCCCCAACUGGCAGGAGGGCUCUGUCAACCCCAGCCAAUCACACUCGGAGGACCGACCCAGCUAGACCAAUCACAAACCCUGAUGCCGACCGACUCUUUACCGCCUUUCCAAGUGCUGUCCUCCUCCCUGCCUUCUCACCUCAGCGAUCCCUGCCAGCUAUGCUCACUCACUAAACCGACUUUGUUUUGGUUUUCUAGGUUUUAAAACAGUUUUCUAUUUUCUACUGUUUGAAAGUGAUUUAUUGUGAUGAGGAAUAUGAUAAAUAAUAAGAGAUAAUGUGGUGGAGUUGAUGGGCGUUUGACUGCUGGACAACUCUUCCCUCUGGAACACCCCUCUGCCUCAUUGGAAGAAGAGGGAGAGGGAUGGAGGGAGAGAUAUACACAACAGCCAACAGUGGAGAGGAUAAAGGCUACUAUAAUGUCCAAUAUCCAAUGAGUCCAAUGAUGGCCUUUAGUGCUGCGUCCAGACAUCCAGUCCAGUGUCCCCAUCAGAGUUCUAUACUAAGCACCUUCUCAGAACUGAUUUAAAAGAUACUUUGUUCUACAGGCCUUUAAUCUGUAACAUCCAACAGCAUUUGCCUUAGAGAUUGAGAGCGAGAGAUCGAUGCAUUUCCAAGAAAUCUACCGGAUGAAAGAAAACCAUGUUGGAAAUAAUGUAGUGGUUGAUCGUGAUGAUUAUUGUACAAUCACAGACUAAUAAUGAUCGCUAACAUCUUCAGUCCAUCGUAGCUUCAUCCUUUGUUCUCUCUGUCAGUGGCUUGGUUAUGCCAUUUAGUCUAUUCUUAGGUCAUAUAAAUG